GACCUCAUUAGCAUAAAUCGAUGAACACAUGUCAGUGUUGACGUUGAAAGUUGCACGGCCACGGAAGUAGAAAAAGAUUUCCACAAUUUAUCGUAAUAUUAAACACCAUUAUUUCGAGAUUUCUAAAUUAUGGCGCACUUAAGGUUGUCCAUAGCACAGUUAGGAAACAUUGUGAUCGGCCGAUCUUGUAUUUUAAAGUGUGAAAUCAGCGCCCGAAAAUUUGGUGGAUGUGCAGCAGCAGCAACCGCACAACGUAGCGUGGACACCACGGCCACGGUCGAGCUCGAACAUAGAGACCAAGAAAACCUGACUGGAAGUGAAAGGAGAGGCAAUGCCAAUGGUGCCGACAACUUUGAGGUCAAUUUAAAUGAUGAAGACCAAGUAGCCAGUCAGUAUGGUGCUCAUCCCAGUGAUGACAAACAGUGUUUAUAUGAUGAGCAUAUCCCAACCACUGUACUACAGAAGGGACUACUUGCAGUUGGCUCAGCUUUCAUGUCACUCUAUGACCCGUAUCGCGAUGAUAUGAUUGCAUCACUAGGUGAGGUGACUGGACACUAUGCACUGCAGAGGCUUCAAGAUAAGAUGUUGGCUGACUCAGAGGGAACGCAGAUACUUGACGAGAGACCGAGAAUUAACACAAGAACUGUGGACAUGGACUGGUUGGCUAGUCUACCCUUAGGAACACUGGGAAGGGAGUAUGUAGAUUUCAUGAAGAGAAAUAGAAUCACGUCAGACACCCGCACUCCGGUGCAUUUCGUCGACGACCCUGAUCUGGCCUACGUCAUGCAACGCUAUCGGGAAAUACAUGACUUCAACCACGCCCUACUAGGCAUGCCUGCCACCAUGCUGGGUGAAGUGACUGUCAAGUGGUUUGAGAUGAUCAACACGGGCCUGCCCAUGACUACCCUGGGUGCUCUCUUUGGACCUCUGCGCGUCAAAAGAAGGAACAUUGGCAAGUUGGUGAACGUGUACAUCCCUUGGGUGGUCCAGACAGCACCUAAGGCCAAGCUUCUACUCAAUGUCUACUUUGAGAAGCGAUGGGAACAGCCCAUGACGGAACUCUGCAGUGAAAUCGGCAUCAGGCCAUUCAGCAACGACAGAUGACAUUAAUUCAUCGUACGACCUCAAAACUCCAAAAUUCAACCAUUUGCAAACUAUCAAAUUGGAACAUCAAGCUGUGAAGCUGUAGUGGCUGGGCUGUAUGUUGGAUCAUACCCGCUGCCCAACCCAAGGCUGCUGGUCACCUCUGAGUUCUAAUUUUUGUUGUUGAUUUUAUUAACUUAUCAGCACUUGUAUAAUGCUGUAUUCACGUCUUGAUGAAUUCUUAACACCACACAAUGCUGAGGCAGUAUGGUGCAGUGUAGACCUAAUUCUCAUGGUGUCACAAUGACUGCACCUUACUGAUCAAAUCAACUCAAGUGGCAGCUUAGAAAGUGAAAAGAAAUACACAUGUAUGCAUGUAGUCUACAGGCAUGGGUUACAUGCACUUCAAAAUGGGACAUCACAAAAUUAGGUCUAUAUUUUGGGGAAGUGUUGUACUUGUACUCGUACAGUUUUUGGUCCUCGUACUCAUACUCAUGAAAAUGUACUUGAAGUUGCAUGAAGAAAUUACCUGUACUGGUACUCAUGACAAAGUACUUGCGCUUGUACUCUUACAGUUCUCCUGCAAGAAUUAAAAAAAUGUUUUAAGAGGUACAUGCAGGAAAAAAAUAUCAAUUUUCUAUUAUAUGGGAAGCUUCUGCAUUUGAGAACAAGUGUACCCAUUGAAAUUUGAUCCUACUCGUGAAAAGUAUACUUGUACUCUAGUACAUUGUUUGGUACUCGUACUCAUGACAAAGUACUCAUAUUCAUACUCAUACUCAUGGAUACUCGUACUCUUCUCAUGAAAAUGUACUCGAUUAUAGCACUGUUUUUGGGCAGUUUAGGAAGCAACAGGGAGGUUGCUUUGGGGAGGCAUAGGAUGUGCUUGAUGCCUGAUGUGGCUGUGGAAUACAACUACCCACUUUGCUGUGUGUUGUGAUUCCCAACAUUUUUAGUGUAAAUCAGCAGUCUUCCAGCACUCUUGGACUGUGUGAGUGAAGACUGAGCAGUCCUGAAAAGUUGAAAAUGACUUGCAGAAAAAGUGGAAGCUGUGGUCUGUGUGUGAACAGUAGAUGGUGCUCAGUGACCACUCCAGGUCCAGGUGUGGGACAGAUGGCAUGCACUCUCUGGUUGGCAUGUGUAUGGUGCAAAAUGCAAAGUUGACUCAGAAUGUGAAUAAAUCUGUAUUGUCUUUACUUGAGCGCCAGGCAUAUUGCAGCAUUGUGUAAGUCCUGUGUAACUCUCUCCCUGAGACUGCUUAGGGGUGCACUGACCAUAAACCAUGUGGUAGUUGGAUCACAAGGUUUAUGCCAAUGGAUC